AUGUCCUACAAGCAGAUUCUCUACAACACUGCGCCGGCGCCGGCCAUUGACCCCUCCCUAUCCGGCAACGGCACCUUCCGCAUCAACACCGUCCCAAAGCCUAGCAAUGUCCCCGCCGACAAGCUCCUUGUGCGCGUGCACUACCUUUCUCUCGACCCGGCUAUGCGCCAAUGGUUAACAGCUAAGCGCUCGUAUAUCGCCCCCGUCGAGCUUGGUGCCGUCAUGCGCGGACAGAGCAUCGCCCAAGUCGUCGCCGUGGGCAGUGACCUCGGCUCGAAGUUCAAGACCGGUGACUGGGUCGUCGCAUACUCUGGCUGGCAGGAGUAUGCAGUGAUGGGAGCGAAGGAGGUAGAGAAGGUCGUUAUUCCCUCUGGUGGUCGUCCGACAGAUGCAAUGUCUGUGCUCGGUAUGACUGGCUUGACGGCUUACUUUGGAAUGACGGAGAUCGGACAGCCUCGCCCUGGCGACACAGUUGUCGUUUCCGGUGCGGCCGGUGCAACGGGCAUGGUCGCCGGCCAAAUUGCUAAAAUCAAGGGAGCUAAGCGGGUUGUGGGAUUGGCUGGCAGUCCUGAGAAGUGCGAGUUCCUGGUAAAGGAACUUGGUUUUGAUGCUGCGGUCAACUACAAAGAUCCCAACUGGCGUAAGCACCUUAAGGAGGCUACGCCUGAGUAUAUCGAUGUAUUCUUUGACAAUACUGGCGGUGAGAUCCUGGACGCAUGUUUGGCUCGCGCAGCGCGUGAUUCGCGCUUCGCUAUUUGCGGUGCUAUCAGUCAGUAUAAUUCUGCAAAGCCGCAGGGUCCUGCUAGCUUCAUGAAUAUUAUUUCGCAACGAAUCACCAUGAAGGGCUUCAUUGUCUUCGAUUUUGCCAAGAAGUACCCGGCUGCAUUGCAGGAGCUGGGCACCUGGCUGUCACAGGGCAAGCUCAAGCGCAAGGAACACAUCGUACCCGGUGGAUUGGAGGGGGCUCCCAAGGCUCUUGUGGACCUGUACGCUGGUGUCAACACUGGUAAGAUGAUGGUCGAAGUUGCGCCCGUUAGUGAAGCUUUGGGAGGCAAGGCAAAGCUUUAG